AUGCCGCCGUCUGCUCUGCUAGGGUUUCAUUUCCGCGCCUGUUCUCUCGCUGGAUCCAUUUUCGGAAAACCUCUCAAAUCGGAUUUGGCGACGGCUUCUGGUUCGCGAUCUUCUGUAGCUCGCAUUCUAGUUGAGAUGGAUGUUACCGUGAAACACCCUGACAAGGUUUGGGUUGGUUCUGUGGAGUCGGGGUAUGUGCAGUCUGUUAUUUUUGAUGAUAUUCCUAAGUUUUGUGUUCAUUGUAACUCUCUAGGCCAUUCUAAGGGUUCUUGCACUAUCUUACAUCCCAAUCUUGUUACUUCUAAACCUACGAUUGAUCUUGGCGGGGUGUCGGUGCCGACUGUUUCUGCUGCUGUGGAUGAUGUGGUGAACAAUAAUGUUGUGAUUGUGCCGAAUGUGGUUGGGUUGAAUAAUGAUGUAGCUGCUCCGUGUGGUGAGCUGUCCCCGAAUCCUCAUGUUGAUUUGACUUUGGAAAUCGUCCAGGAUGGCAAUGUUGUUAGUGACAAUUUGGCUGAGAAUGUUGUUAGUCCAAAAACUAAUCUGGUUGUUUGUGAGAAAUUGGUUUCUAAUCCUAAUGGCGUUGAUGAUGGGCUGCCUGGUGAUUCGGCUGUGUUGGGCAAUGAGGAGGUUUCAGAGAGUAGAAAGGUGCAAUCUGCAGUGGGGGACCAAGUGCUAGGUAAUUUUAUUAAUGUACCUGUUAACCUUUCAGCAGCUAAUAUUGUAGUGGGAUCUAAUUCUGGAAAGGAGGUUAGGUCACAUAGUGAUUGGUUGAAUAAUUCGUCUGAGGGUGAUUCUGAUUCCGAGUCCUUUUCAGAUCCUGAUUUUGAUUUUAAAAUGGUUCAUGAUAGAUCUAUUAAGGCCAGCGUGCGAGGGAAAUUGUGGAAGCGAGGUGGUAGAAGAAGAUAA